ACUUUUACCCGCUAUAUUUCGAAGUCCUGAGUGACCUUGGGGAAGUAACAAUCUUCUUAGGAUUACGAUAACAACAUUUAACAGGAACAGAUCUCAUAUUUGAAUUUACCGUCACAACCUCAUAAGCAGAAUUGUCUUUGGCUUAUGAGCUAAUUAGGCUCGGUGUAUUUGUUAACUUAGCUAGUUGCCUUAUCUAUAGACUUUUAGCUAGUAAUUAGAUUGAGACAGUAAAUCAUGCUUUCCUGUAACAAAUACCAAGCGCAACAUCAACCUUUGGCUAAACUAUCUGUAAGAGUGAGUUCAUAAUUAUUCCCCAAACAGACGAUAUAUCGUCUGAUUGAUGUAGUUAAAGCCUAUAUUAGGUCACAGUAAAUCCUAAUUGUUUUUGUUAGCUUCACACCACGAUGCAGGUUUAAAAUCACUUGUGUUUUGCUAGUAGGUUAAUAAGUUUCACUAUUGUCCUUUUCCUCUUCUGCCAGCCUAAACAUGUCCUUUAUAAAUUCAGUUAUUUUAGGUAUUUAUUUACUUAAGCACACAAACAUUGGUACAAGGAGGCACCAAAUAGAUAUGUGCCACGUAAAUCAUUCGAUUUGUGCGAGGGCUGGGAUACUGCCUGGGUGCCGAAGCAGGUAUUUUAGAUAUCGUGACACUUACGUCUAAUUAGCGAUAUAUAUCAGUUUCAAAUGACGAGUCACUCGUUUCCUAAGAAAAAAAUUUCUGACAGGUUGUUUACUGGUAUAGUAAAUUCCUGAAUAAAUUCGACAAUUCACGUUCCGAAUAACAGAUUUAGGAGGAUUGAGGUUUGUUCCAAAGAUAAAGAUCCAAGGCUUCUAAUUUAUUGUUGUCUUACAUUUGACUAUCCUACCAAUCAUGGACAAGUAAUACAUUCAAACCAUUCUAGAUAGAAAAUAAUACAUUUUGCUACUACCUUCUUAGUAAAUAACUGACUAUUAUUAAGUGAAAUAGUGUUAUAAAACUAAAUCACUCGUGAAAAUCUUAAGUAUGACUUCGACUCCAGUAUACAUUUUUUGUGUUAUUUGUUUGUUUCAUAUUUUUUAUCUUUCUAACCCAGCAUAUAGACAACUGGAGAUGUCAGACGAUGUUAAACUUUCUACCGAGCUUAACAAAAUCGUUUUGUCGGAAAAAUGUCAAAGUGAAGAGAAAUCCAAUUGAACCUCUAUUCAAAGAUAUGCAAAAUGGAAUCACUUUUCGGCAGUAUAUUGGCGAAUCAGAUCUAAACAAUAUUAUCCAUCUCAUUGCUAGCGAUCUCUCCGAACCUUAUUCUAUAUAUACUUAUCGAUAUUUUAUAUAUAACUGGCCCAAACUGUGUUUAUUGGCUGUUAGUGAAGACGGAACUUGUGUGGGCACAAUUGUUUGUAAAAUGGAAGGUGCUAUAGGAACUGUUCGAAAAGGAUAUAUAGCAAUGCUUGCUGUUGAAGAAAAUCACCGUAGAAUUGGCAUCGGAUCACGAUUGGCUCAACUUGCAAUCGAACUUAUGAUUCAAGAUAAGUGUGAUGAAAUCUCUUUAGAAGCAGAAGUUGACAACAAAGCAGCCCUUUCACUUUAUGAGCAGCUGGGAUUCUACAGAGAUAAAAGGCUUCUUCGUUAUUAUUUAAAUGGAAGAGAUGCUUUUCGGUUAAAAUUGUGGCUUACGCCACGUAUGACCAAUGGUCUUUUAUAGUUUCACUGUUCACUUAUUAUGUAUUUGACUUAUUGGUCAUUGUAAAUACUUGCUUUAUUUUCGUUAAACUUGCGGAAAUUAGUUUUUUUUUGGUUUACGUUCACUAAAAUUCCGUCCACUAAGAGAUAUCAUAUAAUAUGUAAACUGAAUGUUCAUUUCAUUCUUUAAAAUACAUAGUAAUCCUGAUC